AUGGAUGUGAACGCUAUUGACUCACGGGUGAACAUUGGUCACAUCACGGCCUAUCCCCUCGGUGCGCCCCGGGAAGCCUCCAUGACGACACAAUACCACAUCUCCCUCCCGAACCCGCAAGCUGCGAAGCACGCGCAUCACACGCUCCUCAGCUACCCGCCAUUUGCGCAACCGCGCACUUGGGACGAGCAAGAUACCGAGCCGUUCGUGACCUUUACGCCGUACUCGGCGACAGAGUGGGCCGGGAAGUUGCUGGAGCGGUCAUUCAAGUCGGCUGCCGCACGCUACGCCGGCUCCAUGCAGACGGCCGAGGAGGACCGACGGUCGUUCGACCGCAUCACGCCCCGCUGGGCUAUCAGCAGUGCUGGGAAGCGGGUGCUGCUGCGCGGACUGCCCGCUAAGGUUGCACCGAGAGAAGUCGUGUCCAUGUUCAAGGACUUUGACGUGCAGCUGCCAGACGUCACGAAGCUGCCGCCGAGCCCUUGGGCUAACGAGUCGACGUGGGCUGUCCAGCUGGGUACGGUUGAGGAGGCUCACAGGGCGGCGCGGCUGUUCAAUGCCAAGUACUUCCUGGACAGCGUGUUUGACGAUCGGUAUCCGAUGCGCUGCCAGGUCGCGUGGUAG